AUGCUUAACGGUUACGGGAUGAAGCAUUUCCAAGCUUUGAUCGACUGUGAUCGGGAUCAUGGGCCUCUGAUGCGGGUCAUAUCCUCGUGCGCAGCCUCUUGCAGAAGUGUCCCGCAUUAUCGUAGUGGUGGUUCCACGGCGGCCCUGAUAGAAAAUUUGGUUGACAAGCUGUCAUCCCGGCUCCCCGGCGUAACCAUUAGUAGAGACAUUGCCGAGAUUUGUUUAGAUGAGGGUUUAAAUCCUCCACUCUCAGGUUAUGUUGGACGACUAUUCCUUUACGUUGGACUCACCUGCUCAACACGGCACAUUCCCGGUCCAUGGUACACGAGGUUCACCCAUCUUCGUCUGAAGCGCGCAGUCUACGGACCCAUUGUCCGCCUCUCUCCCUACGAAGUCGGAGUAUCAGACCUCAGUGCGUUCAAGGAGAUUCACAGAAUUGGCACCAAGUAUCUCAAGAGCACGUGGUAUCAGCGUUUGGCCAAUUUCCCAAAAGCGGGUCAUGAUCCUCGAAGAAAGCUGCUCUCCGGCUCCUUCAGCCGCACGUACCUCGUUAAUAACUGGGAGUCCAUUGUCCGCGAGAAGGCGCUUCUCUGCGUCUCCAAGAUCAAGAAGGAUGCGAUGCGGAAUACGGCAGAUGUGUACAACUGGUGGAUGCUGCUUGCUUCGGAUGUCAGCGCUCACCUUGCGUUUGGCGAGUCUUUUGGCAUGCUGGAGACUGGUCAAGCAAAUCAAUUCAUCCGGGUCCUUAAGAAGCUGACUAUGGGCGCUGGUAUCAUGGUAGAGAUGCCACUGCUUCGCCUCUUGCGUUUCGUCCCAAUCCCUGCUGUGCAGGAGAUGUUCAACGCCAACAACUACAUACUCAAGGGAGCUGGUCGCGCCGUGCAGAUGGCAAGGUCUCGCAGCGGUGAGAACAACAUUUUCGCCAAGGUCAUUGAGGACUGCGAAAAGGAGGGCGACGGACAUAUUGACGACAUGGACGUCAGGAUCGAAGCCAUGAAUGUGAUCAUCGCUGGGACGGACACAACAGGUGUCACCUUGACGUACCUUACAUGGGCAGUCCUUCAACGACUCGAACUCCAAGCAGCUCUUGAAGCCGAAUCUGCGGGCUUGAAGGAUAACUUUACGGAAAACGAUCUCAUCAACCUUCUAUUGCUGAACGCCGUUAUCGAAGAGAUUCAUCGUCUUCACGGCGUCGCUCCGAGCAGUCUUCCUCGCGUUGUCCCUCCCGGUGGCAGCACACUUGGCGGCAAGUUCGUCCCAGAGGGCACCACCGUCAGCACGCAAGCAUAUACCUUCCACCGUGACCCCUCGAUAUGGAGCGAUCCGCUCACCUUCAACCCCUCCCGCUGGAUCGGCACUAAAGAAUCCCCCGCCGAAGCCUCUUCCGCCGACGCGAAAACCGCAUUCCAUCCGUUUGGCGUUGGUGCGCGCUCCUGCGUGGGCAUUCAACUUGCGCCCAUGGAGUUGCGGUAUGCGGUCGCUUUCUUCUUCCGCGAGUGCAAGGGCGUACAGUUGGCGAGGAGUACGACGCCGGAGAGUAUGGCGUUUGAGAAUUUCUUUUUGAUUGCGCCGAAGAGUCAUCGGUGUGAGAUCACGUUUGAUGAUGCAGAGGAGUAG